UGACCUAUUUGGAAUAGUUUGAUCUAUAUGCAAUUUUCAUGUGAUUAUUUUCUAGUGUUAUUUCAUGUUUUUUAAUACUGUUCAUAAGUUAUUUGUUUGCAGUAACCAGUGACUCAUAAUGGCUAAGUUUAGUGUAGCAGACUUUGUCAAUAACCCAUCAGUGUCAAGUUUGGUAGAUAUAAGAAAAGAUGACUGGAAAGCAAUUGCAGAGUAUUACCAGAUUCCAAUUAAAUCAUCUUGGCCUAAGUUAGAGAUUAAAGAAAAUGUUGUUAAGGCACUAGUUGAUAAAGAAAUUUUAGAAGUUGAUGCAUUAACUUUGCUUGGUUUGGACAUAAAAGAAUCUAAAAGUGACAUCACAGCCAUACAGUUAAGAAAAAUGGAAAUUGAAUUUGAGAAAUAUAAAUUAGAUUUGCAAGUAAAAGAAAAGGAGAGAGUAAGAGACUUUGAAUUAAAGUUGGCUCAGAUGCAAAGUUCAGCAGGUAUACAACAUAGUGUUAAUGCUAAUAAUUUUGAUGUCGUGAAAGUAACCAAGUUUGUGCCACCUUUUGAUGAGGAUGAUCCUCAAGAAUUUUUCUUGCAAUUUGAACGUGUGGCAAAUACUUUAAAUUGGCCUAAAGAAUUUUGGACUCUUUUGAUCCAGACUGUCCUAAAGGGGAAGGGACGUUCUAGUUACCUUUCUCUCUCAACAGCACAACAGUUGGAUUUUGAUCUAGUUAAGUCCACAGUUUUAAAGUCAUAUCAGUUGACUGCUGAAUAUUACAGACAAAAAUUUAGGAAUAACAAGAAAGACAUCAACCAAACUUAUUUAGAGUAUUCUCAUUCCUCAAGUAAGUAUUUUAAGAGAUGGUUAACUGCAAGUAAUAUAAAUGAUUAUGAACAGUUAAGUGAAACUAUUUUGCUGGAGCAAUUUUUUAGAGGCAUUCCUCUGGAAGUAAAGAGUUAUCUUUUAGAACGUGAGGUAAAUUCAGUUGAUAAAGCAGCACACUUAGCAGAAAAUUUUAGUCUUGUCAAUAGAAAGUUUCAAAACCAUACAAGGCCGACCCAGCCAUUAUCCACUGACCAGGGUGGUAAGUUUAGAGAUGUUGAUAAAACUCUUGUGAGUAAAUGCAAUGUGAAAAAUUUAAAGCCUUAUGAUGGCAAUGCUGUUAGAUUUAAAAGCUGCUUCUAUUGUAAGGAAGCUGGUCACAUAGUUGCUAAUUGUCAUAAACUUAAAUUGAAGAAGGAAAGGGAAAAAUCUGUUGCUAAUGUAUGCUCUGUACCAGAGAAUUUGCAGAAUAUUGGUAAUGCGGAUUCUGAUGUCACUGUUGAUAAAGGCUUUGAUCCUUAUAAGUUUACAGGGUUGAUAUCUACUGUGGAGGGUGAUGAGCCAGUUCCAGUUAUUAUCCUGCGGGAUACAGCUUCUUCACAAAGUAUUGUGCUGAAGAGUGCUUUACCGUUUUUAGAGAAUGUUUUGACGGAUAAGCAUGUGUUGAUGAGAGGAGUUGGCGGAAUAGUAAGAGUCCCUCUUUGUAAGUUGUUUUUGCAGUCAGAAUGUUUGACGUGCCCUGUUGAAGUAGCUGUGGCAGAGAGUCUACCAGUUCCAGGCAUACAUUUACUUUUGGGUAAUGAUAUAGCAGGUAGAAUAGUGGUGCCUAAUAUCAUUGUUUCAGAUAGACCAUUAAGUUUUGAUCCAAUACAAAAGGAGAUGACUGAGAAUCCAGAUUUAUUCCCAUCAUGUGCUGUGACCAGGAGUAAGACCAAUGUGAUGCAUCCUCUUCAGACUGAGAAUGAAGACUUGGAAAGUGAGGAAAGUAUGAAAAUAGAUAGUCUUUUUGAUGAGUCAUUGUCCCUGAAUGAAUUAUGCAACUCUCAUUUAGUGGAGAUGAGUAAGAGUAAUACUAAGGAUCAAAAAGAUAUGAGUGAUGUUGUAAAUUUUAACACUGUACCAAUAACACGGGUAAGAUUAAUAGAAGCACAAAAAUCAGACCCAUCUUUGGUAACAUUAUUUUGUAAGGCAGGGAGUACACAAGACUUAGAAGAAGAUUGCAGAAUGUAUUAUAUAAAAAAUGGAAUAUUAAUGCGCAAAUUUCGCUCUGCAGCUGAUCCUUGUUUUGAGUGGUUUGAUGUACACCAGAUUAUAAUACCAAGUUGUUUUAGAUACAAAGUAAUGAGCAUGGCCCAUGAUUUUAUUGGAGGUCAUCUAGGGGUUAAGAAAACUUUGGAGAAAAUUUUGAAUUACUUUUUUUGGCCUGGUAUCAAUAAAGACGUUAAAGAAUAUUGUAAAACUUGUAAAGUUUGUCAGCUGGCUGGUAAGCCAAACCAGAAAAUUCCACCAGCUCCAUUGAAUCCCAUUCCUAUUGCUAGUGAACCAUUUUAUAAAGUCAUAAUAGAUUGUGUGGGACCCCUCCCUAAAACAAAAAAAGGAAACAAAUUCUUAUUGACCAUAAUGUGUUCAAGUACAAGGUAUCCUGAAGCCAUACCUUUACGCAACAUAACCACAAAAAAUAUUGUACCUGCAUUGACAAAGUUUUUUACAACUUUUGGCAUUCCAAGAAUCAUACAAAGUGAUAGAGGUUCUAAUUUUACAAGUAAUGUGUUUAAGGAUGUUAUGAAGAUAUUAAAUGUUACACAGUGUAACUCUACUGCUUACCACCCAGAAAGCCAAGGAGCAUUAGAGAGGUUUCAUCAAACCCUUAAAUGCACUUUGACAAAAUUUUGUAAUGAAGUUGACAAAGAGUGGGAUGAGAGUGUUCCAUUUAUGUUAUAUGCAAUACGAACUGCUAAAAAUGAAAGUUUAGGUUACUCCCCAUGUGAGCUUUUAUUUGGCUAUCAGAUUAGAGGCCCUUUAGAGAUUCUUUUUGAGAGUUUAGUUGAUGAAAACAAGACUGACAAUUUAAGUUUAUAUGUAGAAAAAAUGAAAGAAAGAAUUCAUAAAGUGAGAGAAUUUGCAGUUUCAAACAUGGAAAAGGCACAGGGUAAGAUGAAAGAUAAUUUUGAUAGAAAAGCAAUUAAAAGAAAGUUUAGUGCUGGUGAUGAAGUUCUUUUGUUUAACCCAACCAGGAAAUACCCAUUAAGUGUAGAGUUUGAAGGCCCUUAUAAAGUAAUCGACAGGGUAAGUGAUGUUAAUUAUGUAAUUUCUACACCAGGGAAAAGAAGAGAUAAAAAGUUAGUACACAUUAACAGAUUGAAGAAAUAUAUUAACAGAAAUCAAGAGAAAGUGAAAACUGUAAUGAGUACUUGUAAAGAGGCUGAAUCCAGUAGUAACCAUGAUUAUAAACAAUAUGAUUCUGACUUUGAACAUAAAACAGUGGAGGUGGAACUCAAAAACAGUGAUGUACUAAAUAAUUUAUGUGCAAAAUUAACCCAUUUAUCCUUAGAUCAAGCUCAGGAUGUUAUGUCCCUUGUAGAAGAAUUCCCUACAUUGUUCAGUGAUGUUCCUGGCUGCACCUCAUUAGUGAAACAUGAUGUAAAGCUGCUGUCCGGAGCUACACCAGUGAAACAAGCACCUUAUAGGAUGUCUCCAGUUAAGUUUGAGAUUUUGAGUAAAGAAAUAAAUUUUUUGUUAGACAAUAAUAUAAUUGAACCAAGUACUAGUGAGUGGGCAUCUCCGUGCCUAUUAGUGCCUAAAUCAGAUGGCAGUUGGAGAUUGUGUACUGAUUAUAGAAAAGUUAAUGCCCUUACAGUUUCAGAUUGUUUUCCACUUCCUAGAAUUGAUGACAUAAUAGAUAAAGUUGGCUCUUCAAAAUUUAUAUCACGUAUUGAUCUUUUGAAAGGUUACUAUCAGGUUCCACUUACUGAUAAUGCUAAGAAAAUAUCAGCUUUAAUAACUCCUACAGGUUUAUAUCAGUACAGAACUAUGCCCUUUGGUAUGAAAGGAGCCCCUGCUACUUUUCAGAGAUUAAUCACCAAUAUUUUAUCAGGGUUGGAUAGAGUUGCUGCAUACUUGGAUGACCUUAUCAUCUUUACGGACACCUGGAAAGAUCAUAUCAGGGUGUUGAACCAACUGUUCCAACGUUUAAGUUGAUGCAAGUGAUAUUGCUGCAGGAGCAGUCUUACUCCAAGAGGAUGGAGAUGGUGUAUUACAUCCUGUAUGUUAUUCUUCCACAAAAUUCAAGCCUCACCAGAAACCAUAUGCAACCAUAGAAAAGGAAGCACUGUCAUUAAUUAUUGCUUUAGAAAAAUUCAGUGUAUAUAUUGAAAAUGGUAGAAAACUAACAGUGUUUACGGAUCAUAAUCCACUGAAGUUUGUGAAUAGUAUGAAAAAUCGAAACAUGCGGUUAAUGAGAUGGUGCCUAACAUUACAAAAGUAUGAUAUUGAAAUAAAACACAUUAAGGGCAAAGAAAAUCUGAUAGCCGAUGCUUUGAGUCGUUCAGUAUGAUUGUAUAAUAAGGGUUCUGUUUUUCUUUUCUUUUCUUUUUUGAUGUAACAAUUACUCUUUGGAUAAAAACACUAUGUGUUUUUAUUUUAAGGAGGGGAGUGUCAUGUAGUUAUUACAUAAUACAUGGAAAAUAUCUAAGGAUUAUCGUACAAGGUAUAAUAUAUUGAAGUCUAUGUUGAAAUAUCCAUUUUCUUUGAUUACGUAGAAUACGUUUUCAUUCCUUUGCAUUCAUAAAUGCUUAUAUAGUUGUUAUUACGUUAUUGUGUAUCUGUGAAUAACUACAAAGUUAUUUGGGGUAAAGUAAAAUUAUUUUAUUUGAAAUGUAUUCGUAACAGCCACAAGGGCAUAAAGGAAGUUCAGUUAAUUUCUAUUGUGAACGUUGACAGGCGUCAGCGGAUCAUGGCGGCCUGGGUUGGAUGUAACAAGUUUUUUGUGUUGUAAUAGGCAAGUUUUUUACUUUGAAUUUACUUGAUUGAUGGCUAACUAGUGCUCCAGCAAAUUAGUUGAGAACUCAAGGUUAUUUGUACAUUACCUAUAUUAUUAUUUCUUCAAGCAUAUGUGUUAUAAACACAAUUUAAAUGUGGUCACGUGUCAUGUAAACGCCAACAAAAGUUCAUGUUUUUCCCAUGUGCCUUAUAUUGAUUUUAUUCAUACUUUUGUUUUAUAUUGUUAUUAAGGCCUUAUUUUUGUAAAGGAUAUUUAUUGAUUAAAUUGAUUAAAUAGUGUUA